UCUCCAGUGCCCGGACUGAGCGCUGCCAGGGGCCUACGACUCCGGAUCCUCGGCGUCAGAGGCGCACCUGCAGCUCAGCUGCCCGGCGGCGGGGCUUCCCCACAGCGGACCGGGGGGCGCACCUAGGGCGCCGCCUGCUGCCAGCCCGUCUCCGGCCGCUCCCAGCGCAUCUCCGCGACCGGGACGCGGCCGAUAGAACCGUAAACUGGUGCUGAUCCCUCCCCUUCCGGUGGGAAAGUGACAAUGGUCAGGAAUUUAAAACUUCUUCUUUGGAAGAAUUUCAUCUUGAAGAAGCGGAAGACUCUGAUAACAGUGCUUGAAAUCCUAAUGCCGCUACUCUUCUCCAUGAUCAUCAUGUACCUGCGUUUAAACAGUUUGCCCAAGAAAAUACCUCCUGUCAACUACCUGGCCAUCAAUAUCAGUUUACUGCCAGACUUCCUCUAUUUUCCUACUCACACCAGAUACCAACUAGUGUAUGUCUCUUCCAAAAGCGAAACGUUGAAGGCUAUCACUGAAGCGGUGGGGAAAUCCUUUGACGUUGAGUUUCAAGUCCUAGGCCAUUCUUCAGUGCCUUUGUUUGAAAAUUAUAUACUCCAGGAUCCCAAAGCCUUCUUCGUGUUGGCUGGAAUUGUCUUCGAUCACACCUUCAAUGACAGCAAGCAACCCCUGCCGCUGAAGGUUAAGUACCGCCUGCGCUUCAGCUACACGCAGAGGAACUCCUUAAUCGCGCAGCUGACCUCCAAACAAGAUUAUGUGGACAGCUGGGGCACAUCCUUCCUCUACCCUCCCAACCCAAGCCAAGAGCCCCGGGCCUUAGGGCAUUCGGACGGCGGACUCCCUGGAUACAGCAACGAAGGCUUCCUGGCCAUCCAGCAUGCGCUGGACAAGGCCAUCAUGCAUUACCACGCCCACAACGGGACGACCGAGAUGUUUGAGGGCCUGAGUGUGCUCGUGAAGAGGUUCCCCCACGGGGCCCACAUCCAGGACAGGCUCCUGGUGACCCUUCAGAACGAGUUCCCUCUUCUGCUCAUGCUCAGCUUCAUCUGCAUCGAGCUCAUCAUCAUCAAUUCCAUUGCCCUGGAGAAAGAGAAAAAACUGAAGGAGUACAUGUGCAUGAUGGGAGUGGACAACUGGCAACACUGGGCUGCCUGGUUCAUCGUGUCCUUCGUCUCGGCCCUCCUCGCCGUUUCUUUCAUGACCGUCCUCUUCUGCACACAGGUGAACAGUGUGGCGGUGUUCAGGAACAGCAACCCUAGCUUGAUAUUUGUUUUCCUACUGUCUUUUGCCACGGCCACUGUUUUCUUGGCAUUCAUGAUCAGCACAUUCUUCCAAAAAGCCACUGCCUCGGGAGGAAUCAUCUUCUUCCUCACCUACCUCCCAUACCUGUACCUCACUUUCAGCUACUCCCAGAGGACCCACUUCCAAAAGAUUGGCUUUUGCCUGCUCUCGAAUGUCGCCAUGGCACUGGGAGUGCGAUUUAUCUCCAUAUUUGAGAUAAGAGGCACAGGCCUGCAGUGGAAGAACGUGGGCGGCUUCAGCGGGGAGUUUAACUUCUGCCAGGUGCUGCUGAUGCUUCUGCUGGACUCCGUCUUGUACGGCGCGGUGGCCGGGUACGUGGAGGCCGUCCUCCCGGGCGAGCAUGGUGUGCCCAAGCCCUGGUACUUCUUCGUCAUGCCAUCCCACUGGCGUGGACAGCCCGUGCCCCUCACGCAGUCGGUGCUCCAGGUGGUGGAUCCGGACAGCUCUCCGAAGAGCAAGUUGAUUCAGGAAGAGCCUACCAAUUUGAAGAAAGGGAUUGAAAUCCAGCAUCUCUACAAGGUCUAUCACACAGGAAAGAAUAAACAUGUAGCAGUCAAAGACCUGACCCUGAAUCUGUACCAGGGGCAGAUCACUGCUCUCCUGGGACACAAUGGAGCCGGCAAAACCACCACGUGCUACGUGCUCACAGGUCUUAUUCCCCCUUCGAGUGGGUGUGUGUAUAUCAAUGGAUAUGAAAUUUCACGCAAUAUGGCGGAGAUCCGGAAGAGCGUGGGCUGGUGCCCCCAACACGACAUCCUGUUUGAUGACCUCACCGUAGCGGAGCAUCUCUCUUUCUAUGCUCAGCUGAAGGGCCUGUCCCGCCUCAAGUGCCCCGAAGAGGUCCAGCGGAUGCUGCACGCCCUCAGCCUGGAGGACAAGCGGGACUCCCUGAGCAGGUGCCUGAGCGGGGGCCUGAGGCGCAAGCUGUCCAUCGGCAUCGCCCUCAUCGCGGGCUCCAAGGUGCUGAUGCUGGACGAGCCCACCUCGGGCAUGGACGCCGUCUCCAGGAGGGCCAUCUGGGACCUGCUGCAGCAGCACAAGAGCCAGCGCACCGUGCUGCUCACCACGCACUUCAUGGACGAGGCCGACCUGCUGGGGGACCGCGUGGCCAUCAUGGCCAAGGGGGAGCUUCAGUGCUGCGGGUCCUCGCUGUUCCUCAAGCAGAAGUACGGUGCAGGAUAUUACAUGACUUUAGUGAAGAAACCUCACUGUAGCACAGAGAAGAUUGCCAUCUAUCACCACAUACCCAAUGCGGUUUUGCAGUCCAGCAUUGGAGAAGAAUUAACGUUUAUUCUUCCUAAAAAGAGCAUGCCCAGGUUUGCAUCUCUAUUUACCGAGUUGGAACAGAGGCAGGUGGAGCUGGGGAUUGCCAGCUUCGGGGCCUCGGUCACCACCAUGGAGGAGGUCUUCAUUCGGGUGAACAAGCUGACAGAUUCCAGCACAGAAAUCCAAACCCUCCAGAUUCCCUCCAUUCAGUCUCGCCACCUGAUCGGCGGGGUUCCUGUCAACAGAAUCAAACGUACUCACUCAAGGAUCUUCUCCAUACCGUCCGGCCUGCCAAUCCAUCACAACACUGGGUUCAGCCUCAUCUGCCAACAGUUCUAUGCCAUGCUCCUGAAAAGGGUCCUGUACUCUUGGCGCAACUGGUUGUUGAUGCUCACGGUACAGGUCCUGGUGCCCCUGCUGAUCACCACCUUCAGCCUCACCAUCUUCAACCUGGAAACGAACACGGGCAGCGUGCCGCUGGAACUGACCCUGAGAACGUAUGGCCGAACCGUCGUCCCAUUCUAUAUUUCUCCCAAUUCCAGGCUGGGUCCUCGGCUUUCACAGUAUUUUACAGACAUGCUUCUGGCGGAGGAACAGAUCCCUCUGGAGACCCGGAGCUCGGUGGAGGACCUCCUCCUGGACAAGGCAGAGGAGGAGCCCGAGGGCUUUGAUUUCAAAUACGUCGUGGCUGCUUCCUUUGAAGACCAGGGGAACCACACGAUGGUGACGGCGCUGUUCAACAACCAGGCGUACCACUCCCCUGCCGUGGCGCUGGCGCUCGUGGACAACUUCCUCUUCAAGCUGCUCUCCGGGGCCACGGCUUCCAUCACGGCGUCCAACCACCCUCAACCUAAGUCGGCCCUGGAGGCCUCAGAGGACAUCUUGUACAACAGCCCUACAGGACACUACCUUUUUAUCAACUUGCUUUUCGGAAUAGCUUUCCUGUCCAGCUCCUUUGCCAUCUUGACGGUCAAAGAGAGCUCCACAAAGGCCAAGCACAUCCAGUUCGUCAGUGGUGUUUAUGUGGCCACCUUCUGGCUCUCCGCUCUGCUGUGGGACCUCAUCACUUCCCUGGUCCCCAGUCUGCUGCUGCUGGUGGUGUUUCUGUACCACGAGGAAGAAGCUUUCACACACCGGGAAAACGUCCAGGCCAUCAUUCUGGUGCUAAUGCUCUACAGCUGGGCGAGCAUCCCCUUGGUGUAUCUGAGCAGCUUCUGUUUUCGCAACGAAGGGAGUGCUUUUGUCAAGCUCCUGGUCAUGCUCACCUUCCUGAGCAUCGGCCCCUUCAUUCUCAUCUCAGUCAUGGAGUACAAAGACCAAGGCCGCACCAGGGUCUCGGAGUCCUUGGAUCAUGCCUUCCUAAUGCUCCCCGGCCACUGCCUGGGAAUGGCUCUCUUCAAAUUAUACUACAACUACGGACUCCAGAAGUUAUGCAAAACCAGGAACCUGAGCCAGUCUGAGUGUAAUAAAUUUUUAGAGGGAUACACGGUCCAGGAGAGCGUCUACGCCUGGGAGUCCCUCGGGAUGGGGAAGUACUUGGCAGCCCUUGCCAUCUUGGGGUCUGUGUACCUCAUCCUGCUUUUCCUCAUUGAAACCAAUGUCUUGCGGGAAUUGAAAGCCAGGUUUUCUGACCUCAACGGGAAGCCAGAAUCGGUAAUGUUGCAGAAGGUAACGUCCGUGCCCAGAGACCAAGAUGUGCAAGAGGAGGCAAAAAUGGUCCAGACUUCUUUGAAAAAGCUGCGUGAGGAAAACCCACUUGUUCUUAAAGACGUGUCAAAGGUCUACGGCAGGAAGGUGCCCCUGCUGGCCGUGAAUAAGGUGUCCUUCGCCGUCCAGGCAGAGGAGUGCUUUGGCCUUCUUGGUGUCAACGGAGCUGGGAAAACGUCCAUCUUCAAAAUGCUGACAGGGGAAGAGCCCAUCACCUCUGGGGACGCCUUUAUCAGGGGCCUCAGCAUCAGCUCUCACCUCAGGAAGGUGCGGCAGUGGGUGGGCUACUGUCCCCAGUUUGACACCCUGCUCAACCACAUGACGGGCUGGGAGACGCUGGUCAUGUACGCCCGGAUCCGGGGCAUCCCAGAGCGCCACAUCGGCACCUGCGUGGAACAAAUUCUUGAGGAGUUACUCGUGUACGCCUACACUGACAAACUGGUGAAGACCUACAGUGGUGGCAACAAACGAAAGUUGAGCACUGGCAUCGCCCUAAUUGGAGAGCCUUCAGUCAUCUUGCUGGACGAGCCAUCCACUGGCAUGGACCCCGUGGCCCGGCGCCUGCUCUGGGGCACAGUGGCACAAGCCCGCAAGUCUGGCAAGGCCAUUGUUCUCACCACCCACAGCAUGGAAGAAUGUGAGGCCUUGUGCACCUGGCUGGCCAUCAUGGUGCAGGGCCAGUUCAAGUGCCUGGGCAGCCCACAGCACCUCAAGAGCAAGUUUGGCAGCGGCUACUCCCUGCGGGCCAAGGUCCGGAGCGAAGGGCGGCAGGAGGCCCUGGAGGAGUUCAAGGCAUUUGUGAACCUGACCUUCCCAGGCAGCGUCCUGGAGGACGAGCACCAAGGGAUGGUACAUUACCACCUGCCCGGGGAGGACCUCAGCUGGGCCAAGGUGUUUGACAUUCUGGAGCAAGCCAAGAGGAAAUUCAUGCUGGAGGACUAUUCUGUCAACCAAGUCUCCCUGGAGGAUAUUUUCCUGAGCUUCACCUGCCCUAUGCCCCCUACCCAAGAGGGAAAGAAACCAGAGCAAGCAAAGCCAGCUCCACCCCCCUCCCAGCCUCCCUCCCAGCCUCCCUCCCAGCCUCCCACCCAGCCUCCUUCCCAGCCUCCCUCCCCACUUCCCUCAAAACCUGUCUUGCUGUAAUAAAGAGUGUGCAGCCUGCCAUGGGCUGCAAGGGGUACAAAGAUAGCUUGUACACCCAGUGAGCUCAGUGCAGGGCCGAGGGUUGGGGGUGGCUCUAGAUCAGACUGGGACCUCUCACCUUGGAGGCCUGGUGGACGGCCCAG